AUGAUCGCUACUGCAUUCCGCCCUAAUACGGGAUCGAAGCCUUUCAUCUGCAAAGAAUGUCGGCGACCUUUUGCCCGCCAGGACGCUCUGACCCGGCAUGAAAAGCUUCACACCCGCGCGGCCAACGCCAAACAGGCCCAAGUACAGCAAUCUUCCGUACAUGUUCCUCCGCAGACGACAUCUUUGGAUGCUCUGCCCUGGGAUGCCAGCCGCGCCCCAGCACCACCCAUAGUCUCUACCUCUGCAUCUAAUCAGGCAUGGGAGACGUCCCAGGCUGAGCAACAUCCGGGCCUGCAACAUGCGGCUUCCGAUCUUGAUUUCGCCCUGAUUUGGCCUGACUCAGAGAAUCUUUUCCAAAGUAUCAUGUCAUCCGAUGCUACCGACCAAUGGCAGAUGCCAUUAGGAGCUUUGCCCUUCCCACCAGUUGUACAAGAUGUUAAUGGGAUGAACUUUGGGUCACCGAAUUCGUUUGACGACAGAGGGUCGUCAAUAGGUACAAUUCCCUCAGGUGGAAGCCACCAGGCCGUGCGGGAUGUUACCGAGAUGGUGACAAGUUCGUCAUCAAGUGUCACAGCUGCAAUCAAAGCGACCUCGAUAACAUCAGUCUUCUUAGAUGAAUGUCUGCAUAUGUUCUUCGUGCGGUUCAUUCCCACGUUCCCGGUUCUACACCGAGCAAUUUUCGUUUUCCGCGAGUGUACACAUCCUCUUCUUCUCAAUGCUAUGGCAUUGGGGUCGUUAUACUUGGGUCCGAAAGAUUCUGUAGCUAAGGGGGAGGCUUUAUGGCGCUUGGCACAUACUGCUAUAGCAACCUCUUGGCAAUCAUUGAUCACCCAUCGAGGGCCUUACGAUGUCUGCAAAGGAGUACAGCUCCUCAUUACCGCUCUGCUUGGCCAAAUAUACGGUGCUUUGUCUAAGAACCGGGUUAUCCGUACGACGAGUCAGGUCUUCCGCCCACUUGGCUUCCUAUGGGCAAGACACUGUGGGAUGCUGGAUGCCGACCCUUUUCCCAUGGAGAAUGUGCCUUUCCCAAACUCGCCCAGCACAGAAAAGGAGUACAAAUGGCGUACAUGGGCAGCUCGAGAGAUUCAACAACGCGCGUUACUAGCGUAUCAUAUAUUAGAUGGCCUCGUCGCGCAGAUGUCUGGUGACAGUGCAUCUACUCGGCAUGUAGCCAACCCUCUGCAUCUCCCCAGCAGCGAAGCUGCCUUCGAUGCCGGCAAUGUCGACGAAUGGAUCGCUAUCAUGCGUACGCAGAAGGUGGAACAACCAUCCUUCCGGUUGGUGUUCCGCUCCCUCUUUCCUCCCAUCGGAAGCUUUCGACCUCUAGACUUCCAAUUUUCUGCCUUUGCAUUACGUGUUGUCCUAGAAGGCCUACAGUCUCUUGUGUCGGAUUCGGAUGAAAGCGAUCUUGCUGCCGUCGGGGUUCCCGGCCGUUCUGAUGUCCGGAGAGCAUUGGCUCAAGUACAUGAAACUAUAACCAUGAGUAUUCAUCUCUCUGCACCGGAGCGUCUUGAGGUUCUUCUGCGUUGGCAUACGAUAUGUCUCGACACCAUGAUCAACUCUACAGUACUCUGCAGACAUGUUUGUUCCCGAUAUGACAUUACGCAACACGUUUCCGGAGGCUCCCGGACCAUCAAGCCAGGAUUCGACAUGGCCAAAUGGGUCAAUACUGAAGAUGCUCGUCGUGCUUUGCUGCACGCUAUUGCCAUACAAGAUAUUGUCGAACAACUCCCGAGAGGCAGGGCCCAUGUUAUCCACAUGCCAAGCUCUUUGUUCUCGGCCACAACAAUAUACGUUGUCUUCUCUCUUGCUGGUGUGGCGAAUAUUCAUCUUCCACGCACGAUUGUCUGGCAGGACGCCCUGCUUUCGCGCGCUGAUCUGAACCUCGGGUGCGAGAACAUUCGCCCCUCGACUGGUUCUGAAACACGGCGUUUUGUCGAGGAGGGACGAACAGACUCUCCCCCUGGCAUGGGAGCGGUGCGUAAUCUGUUGUAUGAGAUGAACUCGUUGCAGAAGCUGUUCCGCUGCAUGUUCUCACAGUGGGGCAUUGCGCAUGACAUGGAGGAGAUUAUUGACCAGUGGAUUACUCUCUGCCAUUAG